AUGCGCUUUUCCGCCGCUCUCCUUGGUGUCCUGGCCCUUCCCGCCCUCGUCUGUGCAGCCGCCACGGCUUCGCCCGCCAACUUCGCCGGGUCCAACCUGUAUUACGCCGCGGGUCUGAGCUCGUCGCAACGCGCCACCCUCUUGAAAGGUCUGCAGAGCGCGAACAUGAAGGUUCUACGCGUCUGGAUCGGUGCUCAGAGCGGCAGCCAGAAGGGCACUUCGAUCCCGGCUUUCCCUGACGUGGAGCCGAGCACGGUCUGCAAUGGGGACACGUCGUGCUACAACCCGCAGAUUCUCAACAUGCUCGACGACUUGAUGGUCGAUGCGAAAUCCUACGGCGUGAAGCUGCUCAUCACGAUGCACUCGUUCAACGCGCUGGAAGCGAACGACGUCUACGGGCAGCGGUGGGGCACCGGAUACUUCUACGAGCAAGCGGACGCGCAGGCGGCCGUGCAUAGACUGCAGUACAUCGUCAACCACGUGCACAAAACGCUCGGCAAGCCGUGGAAGGAGCUUAGCGACUAUAUCAUUGGGUUCGAAGCGGAGAACGAGGCGAUGAUCGGCAAGGGCGAGGCAUACAUCCAGGCGCACACCUCCUGGCAGUGCGACCGCGCGGCGACGAUCAAGUCCGCGCUUGGCUCCAACUCGGGCACCCUCGUUUUCACCGGUGGCGAGUCGUGGGUGUCCGAAUCGGUCCAGUCCGCGUGGCUCCAGUGCUCAGGCAUUGACGUCAUCUCGCUGCACGCGUACGGCGUGGGCGACUUCGCGACGUCGAACUUGCAGACGUAUGUCAACAUGGCGAAGAGCGCGGGCAAGCGCAUGAUCAUGGAAGAGUGGGGCGCGUGCUACUUCUCGACGGAGAACAACAACUGCCCGCAGGGCGACGUGCUCGACACAAACACGCGCAACAGCAAUAUCGAGACGUGGGCCGCUCAGAUUAACGUUGCGGGGUUGUCGUGGCUCUAUUGGCAGGUGCUGCCGAACAACGAUCCCCAUGAGAGUUAUGACUACGAGAUCGGCAUAGGCGAGGCUUCUUGGAGCACCCUGCAGGCUGCUGCCGAGAAUGCCUACUCGACCACCGGCGCAUACGACUUCUCGGGGUAUCUUCCCUGA